UGCAAAAUUUGCUUAUUCAAAAAUGGUAACGCGUUAAGUAAUUAAUAUUAUUGGAUACGGACACCCACGCCUAUCCAUUAUAUAUCCCAACUUUGUUCUUUUGUUCCAAUUUCGUUCUGACUUCGCAAUUCGUAUCUCGGUUAUAUUUUUCUGAAUUGAAUAUUAACAAUGGGAGGUGGUAAAGACAAGCAUCAUGAUGAGCAAGAGAAAGGGUUUCAUGGUUUCCCAGGAGGAGGACAUCAUUACCCACCCGGUCAAGGUGGGUAUCCGCCACAAGGUUACCCACCACAAGGGUAUCCUCCAGCUGGAGGCUAUCCACCUGCUGGAUAUCCUCCUGGUGCUUACCCUCCCGCACCUGGUGGUUAUCCUCCUGCACAAGGAGGUUAUCCUCCUGCAGGCUACCCUGCACCUGGAGCUCACCAUUCAGGACAUUCUGGUGGUGGAAUCGGAGGCUUGAUAGCUGGCGCAGCUGGUGCAGCCGCAGCAGCCUAUGGAUCUCACCACGUUGGUCAUGCCUCUCACAACCCUUACGGGCAUGCAGGGCAUGUAGGACAUGGAGGUUACGGCCAUGGCCCUGCUCAUGGCUUUGGUGGUCAUGGUCAUGGUAAGUUCAAGCACGGAAAGCAUGGAGGCAAAUUCAAGCAUGGAGGAAAGUUCAAGCAUGGAAAGCACGGGAAACAUGGUAUGUUCGGAGGAGGAGGCAAAUUCAAGAAGUGGAAGUAAUCUCAAAAACGUCCCUAUUGUCCUCUCCUCCAGUAUAGUCUUAUUACCUGACCGAUGUUCCUAAUAAUCUCCCCUCCAAACAUAUAUAUAUCAUUUUAACUAUGUCGGUUUAGAGAUUGCUGGUUGAGGAAUAAUUUGGAGAGUGCUAGUAUUAAAAACCUUUUAUGGUCUCUGCAGAAGAGGUUUCUUUAAUCUCUCAAUAAGCAGGUCCUUUGAAACUAUCUAUGUUUUGAUAUUUUAAUGACAGUUUGUGUUUGGUUCUUCUUUUUUUUUAAGUAUCUCUUGUGUUUGAUAACCUUAUGUUGGUGAAGCACUCAAAAGUUUUUAUGCUAAUGUAGAUACUGACCUUGUAUCUU